GCUACAACAACAGUGACUGAUGCCACAACAGCAAUGACCGAUGCUACUUCCACUGCCUCGCUGCCAACAACAACCCUUCUACCAACCCUUUCAAAAGCUGAAUUGGAAGCUGUCUAUGCUGGUUGUAGGAGGCCAUUUCCGAACGACAGUCUAAAUGGCCAUACAGUUUAUGAAGACCUAACGAUAGAGCUGUGCAUUCAUGAUUGCAGACAAAAAGGAAUAAGGUUAGCAGGCCUCUAUGGCGGAUCCAAAUGCUUAUGUGGAACACGGGGAGGUAAUCUCAGUCCGAAUGGCUGUACAAUACCUUGUACAGGGAACGCAGACCAGAUAUGUGGCGGGAUUGAUAAUGGAUCUCCAAGCAUGUCCAUAUAUCGUGUGCAAUAAUAAUACUGGACCACUGUUAUGUGGGCCAAUAUCCCACACUUGUAUAUAAACUCAAACAAUGACCUACUUCUUGGAGCUGUUUAUAUCCCUCCAUAAAACACUUGAUAU